AUGCGGACGGUAAAAGAAAAACUGGAGGCGCUGGAGGCGGAGGCGAAGGAAAUAAGCAGGGGCCGUAGCAAGCAGGCGCUCGCAGACAAAUCCACGGCCUUAAAUCAAUUGCGCUCGCGCCUGGCUACUACAGACCAGGCCGUCGCCUUUUGCCAAAGCCGGAUCAAGGAAUUGACAGUCCAACUCCAAGCGGCCGAGAAGGCUGCAGGCAAAGUUCAAACUGCUCAAGAUGCGCUCUCCGCGAGAGUCUCGACGAGGCAGAAGGAAAUGCAGGAGGUGAGAACAAGUAUGGAGGCCGUGGAGGACAAGAUCUUCGCUGCUUUCUGCAAGGCCCUAUCCUUGAAGAACAUCCGCGAGUACGAGGAGCGCGAGCUCAAGGCCAUGCGUGAGUGGGAAGAAAAGUUGGCUUCCCUGAGGGACCACAGGGACAAGCUCCGCGCUCAGCUCGAUUACGAAGAAGGGCGAGACUUCGAGGAACCUCUAAGGAAGGCCAUCGAAAAGGUCAAGGCGCUCAAGGCUGAAAUUAGGACUGGCGAGGAUAGUCUGGCGUCUUUGCACAAGAAGGAGGAGGGUCUCAAGGAAGCGAUGCAGGAAGCGGAGGCCACGUUGGCUGAAGCGAAGUCCCUGUACGAGGAAAAACAGAAACUUGUCCGGGGACUGACGAAGAAGCGCACCUCCUCUGUCGCUGCCCGGACGGAGAUCGCCAGUAAGAUCACGCACGAAGAAAGCGCCUUGGAGCGCAUUCGGGCCCGCAUACACGACAUCCUGCAGAAGGCGCGCGUGGACGAGGUUGACCUUCCCAUGCUUGAUAACACGGAGGAGGGAGAGGAUGGCGAGGAAGAUGGGGAGGAAAGCGAGGAGACUGAAAGCGAAGCAGGGAGCGGGAUCGACUUCUCCUCCCUUCCCAAAAAAGAGAAGGUCGCCAAGGCCCGUGACGAGCUCGAGACUACCCGCAAGCGCUACCAUGAUAGAAUCGCCGAUCUUCAAGGCGAGGUAGAAAAGAUGCAGCCGAACAUGCGGGCCCUGGAAAAAUAUGAGGAGAUGAGCCGCCGGGUGAAGGAGGCGGGCGACGAGUACGAGGCGGCCAAAAAGGCGGCUCAGGAGAGCAAUGCCCUCUAUUCCCACCUGCGACAAGACCGAUACGAAAAGUUCAUGGACUGCUUCGGGCACGUCUCGGAUGCCCUGACCAGUAUCUACAAGGACUUGACGAAAAGCAGCAAGCACCCGCUCGGAGGACAGGCCUACCUCUCACUAGACGACUCAGACGAGCCCUACCUCGGAGGCGUCGCUUACAACGCCAUGCCCCCCAUGAAGCGCUUCCGAGACAUGGAACAGCUUUCGGGCGGAGAAAAAACAGUCGCUGCCCUGGCCUUACUUUUCGCCAUCCACUCCUACAGACCAGCCCCCUUUUUCGUGCUGGACGAGGUGGAUGCCGCCCUCGACAACGUGAACGUCCGCAAAGUCUGCCAUUACAUCAAACAGCGAUCGGGAGAAUUCCAGUGCCUGGUGAUCUCCCUCAAGGACAUGUUCUACGAAAACGCCACUGCGCUCGUGGGCGUCUGCCGAGACAAGGCCUCCAAUGGCUCUCGCACGCUGACGCUGGAUCUGGACCAGUUCGAUGUGCAGCCGGAAGACGACGUUGAUGAACAAGGAAGGGGUUAUGGGCCUGAGGAGGUGGAAGGGAACUGAGAGGUAUAGACGCGGGGCACGCACGUGCCAACAAGUCGGUGAAUAUGAAAUCAA